AUGGAUACUACCGAGGCCAGUGAAAAUAUUCCUGAACGUGAAGAGACAAGAACAUCGUCAAUCUUAACGGAUACUAAUAAUAAUACUAGUCGAAAACCAAGCAUCACGGAGCAACUAGUUAUAUUAACAACAUCGGCCUUGGCAUUGCCUCCGUCAUCGCCAACUGUUCCACGCGAGUUAUGGACAAAUAAGGUUGAAUUUCUUCUAUCGGUUAUUGGCUAUGUCGUCGAUCUUGGCAAUGUCUGGCGAUUUCCUUAUGUAUGCUAUGAGAAUGGUGGUGGUGCAUUUCUUAUUCCAUAUAUGAUAUUUUUAUGUCUUAUUGGUAUACCAAUGAUGUAUCUUGAAUUAUUUCUUGGUCAAUUUUAUCGUUGUGGUAAUAUAACACUUUGGGGUAGAAUAGCUCCAUCGAUGAAAGGUAUUGGUAUAGCAUCAUUUCUCAUUGUCACUGCUGUUACAUUAUUUUAUACAACAAUAAUUGCACAUGCUGUUUUUUAUCUAUUUUCAUCGUUUCGUGAAGUAUUGCCGUGGAGUUUAUGUUCGCAAUCAUGGAAUACACCUUCAUGUUCAGAACGAAUGCGUAUUGGCAGUGUAAACAAUCAAACUAAUGAACAAAUAAAUUUCAAUGGCAGAAACAAUUCAUUUUCUUUGAAUGAAACACAAAAAUAUAAUUCAAUCAUUGACUCAAAAGUUUCAUCAGCUGAUGAAUUUUAUAAUAACUAUAUGUUAGGUAUUAAUCAUUCAAAAGUUUCAUCAGCUGAUGAAUUUUAUAAUAACUAUAUGUUAGGUAUUAAUCAUUCAAAAGGUUUAACUGAUUUGGGUAGUAUUAAAAUAGAUUUACUUUUAUGUUUAAUAUUAAUAUUUGUUCUUAUGUAUAUGUGUAUUUAUCGUGGAGUUAAAAGUACAGGGAAAGCUGUUUAUAUAACAGCUACAUUACCAUAUAUUGUAUUAAUAAUAUUACUUAUACAAGGUCUAAAUUUAGAAGGUUCACGGAAUGGGAUAACAUACUUUUUAAAACCAUCAUUUAGUAAAUUAAAAAAUAUGAAAGUUUGGUACUCAGCAGCCAAUCAAAUAUUUUUUACACUUGGUCCUGGCCUAUCUGUAUUAACAACUUAUGGUUCAUAUAAUGUUUCAAGUAAUAAUUGCUAUUAUGAUGCGUUAAUUGCCGUUGUGGCCAAUUUUGCUGCAAGUUUUCUUUCUGGCUUUGUUGUUUUUUCGGCAUUAGGUCAUAUGUCAUGGCGUUUACAAAAAAAUGUCGAAAGUGUUGUGGAUGAAGGACCAAGUUUAUCAUUUAUUGCCUAUCCAGAAAUAUUAGCAACAUUUAAAUAUCCAGCACUUUUUUCUAUAUUAUUCUUCUUAAUGGUUAUUAAUUUAGGACUUGAUAGUGAUUUUGGUGGUUUAGAAUCUAUUUAUACAGCACUGAGUGACGAAUUUCCGUUAUUAAAACGACAUAGAAAAUCCGGAAUGUUUAUUAUGUGCUUUGUAUUAAUUAUUGCUUGUUUGCCAACAGUCACUCAAGGUGGUAACUAUGUGGUACAAUUUUUGGAUAAAUUUUCAACCGCUCCUGCACUCAUGCUAGUAGUCAUGAUGGAGGCUAUUGCUGCUACUUGGGUUUAUGGUAUCAAUAAUCUUGUGAACGAUAUUCGUACGAAUCUUGGUUUUGAACCGAAUCUUUUCUUUCGUCUUGCUUGGACAGUUAUAUGUCCAGUUAUUGUCAUAAUGCUCAUGGUCUUAGCAUUAUCUUACUCAGAUGAAUUGAAAUAUGGUAAUUAUAUAUUUCCAUCAUGGUCAAUUAUAUUUGGUUGGUGUCUUAAUAUGUGCUUUAUUUUACCAAUUCCAAUUGUCAUGAUAUAUGCCUUUUUUCGACAUACCGAUUCAAGAAAUUCUUUCAAACAACGUAUAAACGAUUUAUUUACACCGAAUAUAACCAAACAAAGGAUGAAACAACAAAUUGAGAAGGGUACUGACUUUACUAUGUCGUCCUCAGCACCUAUUUCACAUGUUUGA